UGUUGACAUCCCCAAUGUUGACAUCCCCAAGGCCAACAUUGACAUCCCCAUGGCCAACGUCGACAUCCCCAUGACCAACGUCAACAUCCCCACCAUUGACACCCCCAACAUUGACGUCCCCACCAUCACCCUCCCCAUGGCCAACAUUGACAUCCCCAAGGCCAACAUUGACAUCCCCAUGGCCAACAUUGACGUCACCAAGGCCAACGUUGACAUCCCCACCAUUGACACCCCCACCAUUGACUCCCCCACCAUCGCCCUCCCCACGGCCAACGUUGACUUCCCGGCGGGCGCCGACCUCACCGGUUACGUCCUCCCCGUCGCCUCCGGUGCCCCCGACGCCCCCGGUGCCCCCGGCGAUGGCACCACCGGCGCUGCCGGGUACCUGCUGUCGGGGUGCGACGUGUACGUGACGCGGGAGCCGUGUGCCCUCUGUGCCAUGGCCCUGCUGCACACGCGGGUGCGACGCGUGUUCUACCAACAUCCCGCCCCCCAGGGCGCCCUGGGCACCCGCUACGGCCUCCACGGCCACCCACGGCUCAACCACCGCUACCGCGUCUACGGGGGGGGUCGUCCCGCUGUGCCCUCGGGCCGGGAGAACCUGUACUGGGAGCACUGGGAGCACUGGAAGUACUGGGAAUCAGUGACCGGGAGCACUGGGCACCCCCGGCUCAACCACCGCUAGCGCGUCUACGGCGGGGUCAUCCCGCUGUGCCCUCGGACCGGGAGAACCUGUACUGGGAGCACU